AAAAUUCAAUUGAAUAUCAAACGUUUUCCGUUACUGUUGAGCGAAGUCAAGCAAGCGAAGCAACAAACUAUACUCUGAAAUUAGGACGGUAAAUUUACGAAGCCCAGCUGGAUGUGAUAUACCUGUACCCUGUCGGACUGUAGGAUCUGCCAUAAGACUUGUUUUAUUAGAAUACGGGUUAAACGACAAAAGCAUCCAAAUGGAGAUCCAACUGAGGAGACACCGUCCGGCGCAGAUCCAAGAUCAAGAAAACAUCUAUGCUAUCAAAGGCAAAGGUAACGUGGUAAUUCCGACUAAAAAGCAAGGUUUGGCUGUUCGCGGAGCCCUAGGCGAUAUAAACACGAAUGUACCAACUCAGCGUGAAGUUGUUGGGAAAGUAGCAGUUGCCACUGCGGAAUUUGAGAAGAAAGCUACUUUGAAUCGGGCAGCAGUUCGCAGCAAUUACAGCCAUGUUCAGUCGAAGGUGGACACUGGUCUUGCAGCCAAAGCCGUUGCGCAGCCGACUGCUAAGCCGCCACUGCGACGUGAGGAGAGCACAGCUGGACUUGCGGCUAGAGCAGCGGCCCGGAAUAGGGCUAUCUUAAAAGAUGCUCAGAACAAGCCAACGGAACUCAAAGAAACCAUUAAAAUAUAUGUUCAGAAAAAGAAAGGUCAGGAAAAGAAGACUUCGAAACUGCCUACGCUCAAUGAAAACAAAGAAACCAAACUCAAACCCAUUCUAAAGGAAUCGACAGAAUCAUUAGGAAAGCUUAAAAUUGUAGAUCAUUUUGAACAGACAUCAAUAAUUGACAAGAAGAAGUUAGAAAGCUAUGCUGCAUUAUAUGAUGUUAAUAGUACUCCAUCAUUACCUAAUGAUAUUGAGGACAUUGAUGCCGGAGACACUAACAGUCCGCUGCUCAUGUCCAUCUACAUAAAGGACAUUUAUAAAUAUUUGACUGAAUUAGAAGAGAAAUAUCCUAUUGAACAUGACCAUUUGAGAAAACAGACUGCUAUUACUGGAAAGAUGAGGGCCACACUUAUAGAUUGGCUUGUAGAGGUUCAAAGGCAGUUUUCUCUGGUGCUGGAGACAUUCCAUUUGACUGUUGGAAUAAUCGACAGAUAUUUACAGGUCGUACCAAAUCUUCAUCGUACGCAACUGCAGCUGGUUGGCGUAACAGCAAUGUUCAUUGCCAGCAAGUAUGAAGAGAUCUACGCACCAGACGUCGGCGACUUCGUGUACGUCACGGCGAAUGCUUACUCCAAAGCUGAAAUAUUCCAAUGCGAGAGGGAUAUCAUGUCUAAACUUGGCUUCUGCCUAGCUAGACCCAUUCCUCUGAACUUCUUGAGAAGGUUUGUGAAGGCAGCUCACGGAACAUCAAAGAAUCAUCACUUAGCCAAAUACUUCGUGGAUCUUAGCCUUGUGGAGUACGACAUGGCGCACUACCGGCCCUCGGAGCUGGCCGCCGCUGCCAUUUGCCUCUCCUUGUACCUGCUUUCAAGCAAAAAGCUUGAAGAUGUAUGGACGCCGACAUUAUCUUACUACUCUGGAUACUCGUUCGAACAUAUUGACCCUAUCAUGAGAAAAUUAGCAAACAUUGUUAUCAACGUCGACAAUUCUAAAUGUAAAGCUGUUUACAACAAAUAUUUGGACACAACUUUAGCCAAAGUAUCAAACUUACCACAACUCAGAGGCGAAGCCAUUUACGAGCUGGCUAAGAUCCCUUGUAAUUCGUAGGCUGUCUGUAUUAGUAGUAUUGUGCUAGUUUUGACUGUAUGCUAAGUUGUGUGACACAGUAAUGACAGUGUUUUCUAGGUGUACUGUGACAAUGGACUGAGUUUUAUAUAAGGUUUGUUUUAUAAGGUACCUGGUUUGUUUGCUAGUUAUGAUAAUUUAGAAAUAGUUUAAUUUUUAGACAUAACUUUGUAUUGAGACUAAAGAAAUGUUAUUGACAUGGGUAAUAUAAUGUGUAUUUAUGUAUUUUGUCCACUUACUUUUAACAAUAAUCUUGUUUUUAUAUUUAUUAUGAAUACAUUGUAAUGCCGCUUGUAUGAAUUUGUGUUACAUGAAGAAAAUGACUGUUCUACUUGAAGAAAAAUGUUCUUUCACUCUGACCAAUAAUUUAUUGAGGUUUAUAAAAUCUCGUCAUCUAGGGAUUCUAUGAAACUUUUUGAUUUUAACAGUAUCAAAAUAAGUAGUUUUACCUACCAUCUUGUAAAUUAAAAUUAUUUCGAAUGGAUCGCCAUAUUUUACCUUGUAACGUACUAGAAUAACAUAUUCUAAUUAUUCUUAAAUUUUGACAUAAUAACAUUGCGAUUUGGCGGACUUCUCAUGCGAUUUGUACUCAUGUUUAUGUAAUAAGUUGCUAUAUUGUAUUUGUGAUUGAUAGAAUAUUUUGAUUGUACGUAGUUUGAUAAUCCUGUGAUUAGAUAUGAUGUAAUUGUUGAAAAUAAAUCGAUGUUUAUAAAUA